AUGGUCGCCGACUUCGUCAAAAAGGCGAUUUAUUCCAGAGAGCGAGUGAGCAAGCAAAGAGGGAGUGACGACGUCUGGAUCAUCGUGCACGGAAAGGUGUACGAUAUCACAAAUUACCUGGACCAUCAUCCUGGUGGCGGCAAGAUCCUCAAAGAAGUGUCCGGACAAGAUGCGACAUCCGCUUUCGAAGAUGUCGGGCAUAGCGACGACGCGCGGGAUCUCCUGGCGCGAUUCCACAUCGGCGAGCUGCCCAAAGACGAGCAAGCGGUGACCAAAACCCGAAUCGCCUUCAAAUCUAAACCCAUACUCCCCAUCAAGCCUACUAGGAUGGGUAUAUUACGAUCACUUCCCACUCUUCUCAUGAUGUCCAUAAGCCAGGAUGCCGCUUCGACGUUGCUGAUGUGCUCAUGUGCACUGCUCGGAUCGAAACUGUUGUGGCCGGAGUUGGUGAGCGUCGAAUCUGGUCGGGCAUAUUUAGACACUCUUCCUGCGUUCUGGAAGGGGAUUGUACUAUCGUCGUUGGGGAGUAUUGCCAUCUUCGGCCACAUCAGCUACCAGUUCAGCAAGACAAUUGUCAUGACCAAGGGAUUCAGGAUCUACCCGCCAGUGAUGCGACCGAGUAAAGCCUUGGCUGGUCCCCCAGAAUUCACUACCAAAGAAUAUACGACACGUGAACAACUCCAAAGGAAUCCUUCGCAAUUCCAACCGGUCGAGCUCAUUGAGAAAACCCAACUUACACCAUCCGCCUACCGAUUCACUCUUCGCACCGUCUCCCCUGCCGACCUCACGGUGCCGGUUGGUCAACAUCUUCAACUUCUCGCACACAUUCCAACACCCACUGCCCCGACGACCAUCACCAGAAGUUAUACGCCCCUCUCUUCCACGAUUUCGUCUUCGGGCUAUACAGUCAUCACACUGGCGGUGAAGAUCUAUGACUCCGGUCCUAUGUCACAGCAUCUCCUGAACCUGUCUCUGAAUUCCAUACUUUCUGCUCGCGGGCCUUUAGGAAGCUACAAGGGGUAUCACCGCUUCCUCUGCUCUGAGUUUGGCAUGCUCGCCGCUGGCACUGGUAUCACCCCCAUGUUUCCCUUGAUUGAGCGGAUCUGCCAAGAUGAGAAAGAUGACACGACAAUCACACUUCUGUACGCCAACGGCACCCGUAAAGGAACGUUGUUGAAGAAAGAGUUGGACCAAUUGGCGGAGAGAUAUCCGGGAAAGCUGAAGGUGCACUACUUCUUAUCUGCGGCGGAUGAGAGCCCUGAGGCGAAGGAGCUUCAUGGCAGGAUUGACAUUUUCAAAAUGAAAGAACUCCUGCCUCCUGUAGAAGAGAGUUCCAAGUAUCUCAUCUGUGGACCAGAUGGAUUCGCCCAGCAAAUGGUGAGAGAUUUGGAGGUAUUGGGGUGCAAGAGCCAGGUAGAGGCUGUUUCGCAUCCUACGGAUCAGGUGUUUAUUUUCUAG